CCAACAUGGCGGAGCUGACGGUGGAGGUUCGCGGCUCCAACGGGGCUUUCUACAAGGGAUUUAUCAAAGAUGUCCAUGAAGACUCCCUCACAGUUGUUUUUGAAAAUAAUUGGCAACCAGAACACCAGGUUCCGUUUAAUGAAGUUCGAUUACCACCACCACCUGAUAUAAAAAAAGAAAUUAGUGAAGGAGAUGAAGUAGAGGUAUAUUCGAGAGCAAAUGACCAAGAGCCAUGUGGAUGGUGGUUAGCUAAAGUUCGGAUGAUGAAAGGAGAGUUUUAUGUCAUUGAAUAUGCUGCUUGUGAUGCCACUUACAAUGAAAUAGUCACAUUUGAACGACUUCGGCCUGUCAAUCAAAAUAAAACUGUCAAAAAAAACACCUUCUUUAAGUGCACAGUGGAUGUUCCUGAGGAUUUGAGAGAGGCGUGUGCGAAUGAAAAUGCCCAUAAGGAUUUUAAGAAAGCAGUAGGAGCGUGCAGAAUUUUCUACCAUCCUGAAACUACCCAGCUAAUGAUACUGUCGGCCAGUGAAGCAACUGUGAAGAGAGUAAUUAUCUUAAGUGAUAUGCAUUUGCGAAGUAUUCGGACAAAGUUAAUGCUUAUGUCCAGAAAUGAAGAAGCCACUAAGCAUUUAGAAUGCACAAAACAGCUUGCAGCAGCUUUUCAUGAAAAAUUUGUUGUGAGAGAAGACUUAAUGGGCCUGGCAAUAGGAACCCAUGGUAGUAACAUACAGCAAGCUAGGAAGGUUCCUGGAGUAACUGCCAUUGAGUUAGAUGAAGAUACUGGAACGUUUAGGAUCUAUGGAGAGAGUGCUGAGGCUGUAAAAAAAGCUAGGGGUUUCUUGGAAUUUGUGGAGGAUUUUAUUCAAGUUCCCAGGAAUCUUGUUGGAAAAGUUAUUGGAAAAAAUGGCAAAGUUAUUCAAGAAAUAGUGGAUAAAUCUGGUGUGGUUCGAGUAAGAAUUGAAGGCGACAACGAAAAUAAACUACCUAGAGAAGAUGGAAUGGUUCCAUUUGUAUUUGUUGGCACUAAAGAAAGUAUUGGAAAUGUACAAGUUCUCCUAGAAUAUCACAUUGCUUACUUAAAGGAAGUGGAACAGCUAAGAAUGGAAUGCCUUCAGAUUGAUAAACAGCUGCGACAGAUUGGUUCUAGGUCUUAUAGUGGAAGAGGCAGAGGUCGUCGGGGCCCUAAUUACACCUCCGGUUAUGGUACAAAUUCUGAGCUGUCAAACCCCUCCGAAACAGAGUCUGAGCGUAAGGAUGAGCUGAGUGAUUGGUCAUUGGCAGGAGAAGAUGAUCGAGAGAGUCGCCAUCAGUGAGACAGCAGGAGACGCCCAGGAGGAAGAGGCAGAAGUGUUUCUGGGGGUCGAGGUCGUGGUGGACCACGUGGUGGCAAAUCCUCCAUCAGUUCUGUGCUCAAAGAUCCAGACAGCAAUCCAUACAGCUUACUUGAUAAUACAGAAUCAGAUCAGACUGCAGACACUGACACCAGCGAAUCUCAUCACAGUACUAACCGUCGUAGGCGGUCUCGUAGACGAAGGACUGAUGAAGAUGCUGUUCUGAUGGAUGGAAUGACUGAAUCUGAUACAGCCUCAGUUAAUGAGAAUGGGCUGGCAAAAGAUGUGAUUGAAGAGCACGGUCCUUCAGAAAAGGCAAUAAAUGGUCCAACUAGCGCUUCUGGCGAUGAAAUUCCUAAACUACCGCGUACUCCAGGAGAAGAAAAGACUAAGAACUUAAAAGAAGAAAGCACUCAAGAAGCAGCAGUCCUGAAUGGUGUUUCAUAACUGAAGGAAGUUCCUAGUUUACAGUUCUUUUACAUUACAGUUACAAUAGUGCUUGUACAAGCUUGCCAAAGAUAGAAUAUGGAUCGCCAGUCUUACAUCGCACUUUCAGUUCCUCCAUUUGGAAUUCAGAAAGGGGAGGGAUCCUGAAGAAAUCAUAUGUUAAACAUACUUUGACACCUACUGUGUUAAAAAUAUAUCAUCAGAUGUGCCUUGAGAAUAGUAUAUGUAACAUUAAAAAAAAGUUGCUGGCUA